GUCGAGUGUCUUUUUGUCGCGAGAAGCAAGAGCUCUCUCGCUCUCUCCUUUAUUUUGGUAAACGUAGCGGCUUUUGGCGAACACGGACGACGAUGCCCCAGAUCUCCUUGAGCUGUCUCCCUAUUCGUGCAAACACGCCAAGAUUUCUGUCCACGGCCCAUCUCGCGACCGUCGUCACCCUGGUCUUGGAUUUUUCUCUCUUUAACUCAUCCAGUAUUGGUCAAUUUCGCUUGUCAACCUCUGGCUUAAACAAGGAAAUCAACCAGAUGAUGUCUGCUGGAAGGCACGAGGCUCCAGUCUCGUGGUGGGUUCGGCGUAUAUGAGGUUCUUCUCCAGCAUCGACGUCUUCUCCUGUCGUCCAGAAGCUGCCACUG